UUUCACCGAUUUUCCUUCUUUUUCCAGGCCAUGCAAUGCCUGGAACUCUUCUCCGAAACCACCGAGGCUCUGCUGAUCAAACACGGCCAAAAAAUCGUGGAGGAACAAUUCGCCCUGAUGCGCGUGGCUGACGCCGCCAUCGACAUCUACGCCAUGGUCGUGGUUUUAUCCCGGGCCUCGAGGUCGUUGAGUUCGGGGCUCCCCACGGCCCAACACGAGCGGCUCCUCGCCCUCAGCUGGUGCCAGGAGGCCCACGGGCGCGUCCUGGGGUCGCUGCGGCAGCUCCCGAGCCGAAGCUUCCGGAACUUUCGGGAACUUUCAGGAGCCUUGGUGGAGAACGGGGGGGUGGUGGUGCCAACCCCCCUGGGGUUCUGAAACACCCCAAAAACACCCGAAAACGACCCAAAAACACCCGAAAAUGACCCAAAAACACCCGAAAAUGACCCAAAA